AUGAAAGACCAUUGGGUAUUAGUCAAUUUUGGAUCGGCCACUCAAGGUCAGGGCCUCAUGCCUGAUGGCACCUGCCGCUUUACCUGCAAAGGAAAGUCCAUAUAUCAUUUCAUGGGAUGCAGCACCUUCAGUGAAUACACAGUGGUGGCAGAAAUAUCUGUGGCUAAGGUGAAUGAGAAGGCUGCCUUGGACAAGGUUUGCCUGCUGGGUUGUGGGAUAUCUACAGGAUAUGGUGCUGCCUUGAAUACAGCCAAAGUGGAGCCUGGGAGCACCUGUGCCAUCUGGGGACUGGGAGCUGUUGGCUUAGCUGUUGCCAUGGGAUGCAAGGAGGCUGGAGCUACACGCAUUAUUGGUGUCGAUAUCAACCCAGAUAAAUUUGAAGUUGCUAAGGGGUUUGGUUGCACUGAAUUUGUCAAUCCCAAAGAUUACACCAAGCCCAUUCAAGAAGUUCUGGUAGAAAAGACAGAUGGUGGUUGUGAUUUUACAUUUGAGUGCAUUGGCAAUGUGGGCUGCAUGAGAGCAGCAUUAGAAGCUUGCCACAAAGGUUGGGGAGUGUCGACAAUCAUUGGAGUAGCUGCUGGUGGAACUGAAAUUGCUACUCGUCCAUUCCAGCUUGUCACUGGCCGGGUAUGGAAGGGCACAGCUUUUGGAG